UCAAGUUGAUUUUUUAAGACUUGAAGAGUCAUCGUUUUGCAUUUUGUAUUUUGCGGUAUUUUGUAUUUAGCUUGUUGUUUGUUGAAAAUACGUGUUUAUUGUCCAAAAGAUAACCGUACAAGUACAUAUUUAAAACAUGUUCCGUAACCAGUAUGACAGUGAUGUUACUGUAUGGAGUCCCCAAGGCCGUCUCCACCAAGUGGAAUAUGCUAUGGAAGCUGUGAAGCUAGGUUCAGCAACUGUAGCCUUGAAAAGCAAGCAGUUUGCUGUGCUAAUAGCUUUGAAGAGAGCUGUGAGUGAACUGUCUGCAUACCAAAAGAAGAUCAUACCAAUUGACGAGCACAUUAGUAUUUCUAUAUCUGGUUUAACGGCUGAUGCUCGUAUGUUGAGCCGUUUUAUGCGUACGGAAUGUUUAAACUAUCGGUAUGCUCAUGAUGCUCCAAUGCCAGUUGGCAGGCUCAUCGGAAUGGUCGGCAACAAGAUGCAGAUAUGUACACAGAGAUAUGAUAAAAGGCCAUUAGGUGUUGGGCUGUUGGUAGCUGGCUAUGAUGACCAAGGACCCCAUAUCUACCAGACAUGCCCAUCGGCUAACUUUUUCGAUUGCCGAGCUAUGGCGAUCGGCGCUCGCUCUCAAUCGGCUCGGACCUAUCUAGAGAAACACUUGAACACAUUCAUGGAUUGUGAUUUGAAUGACCUUGUGGCUCAUGGUCUGAGAGCUUUGAGAGAUACUCUGCCUAACGAAGUUGAUCUGAACACAAAGAAUGUCUCCAUCUCAGUGGUCGGGCCGAAGACACCACUCCGUAUAUGUGAAGAGGCUGAGUUAACACGUUACCUCGCCUUGGUUGAGGGUGAAGAGAGACGCGGGGGUGGUGCGAGUGCCACGGGGGACGCCGGCCCAGCUCCUGAAGCGGGGGACGAAAGAGAACCCCAGCCCCAGGUUGCUAUGGACACGGAGUAGACAAGGAUCGCUUGCAGGAAAACGUACGAAAACCAAGUAAAGACACCGAAGGACAACUUAUCACACAAGUGACACAGAUUGUUGUGUGUGUUGAAAGUGCGUCUGUACGUUUUGUAAAUUCCAUUCUACCCUCCCUUUUAUACUUUCUCAAAGGUAUGCCUUGGCCAGUGCUUAGGUUUACAUAAAUCGUUUUACUGUUUGGAAUAACUCUUUUUAUUAACUACUGUUUGUACCCUACAACGCUUCGCUGUGGCACAUUUUUAUGGAAUGGUUGAGAAAUGAGAAACAAAACAAAUAAUACAUUACAUAAAAGUUUA